AUGGCAGCGUCCAUAGAUGGCUCGAUGAGGUCGGGAGGAUCUAGUUUUUCGUUGAAAUUCACUAUUUUGGGCCAAGUUAUUGUAUUGUUAUUCACAUUAAUGGCAAAUGCAAUACUAGUGAUUCUAGAUAGUAGAUUUAAUUUGAUACAAAAUGCGUUAUAUUCAAUGAGAACGUUCUCAAUAGUUUACGGAAUUUUCCAGUGUGUUUUGUACGGAAUAGUUUUUCGGGAGAAAUUUGAUUCAGAUUUGGUUGGUUACAGAACUAGCAACAGGGUGACGGUGAUUGGCAAGAUUUCUCGAGUCAUAAAAUGCGCUCUUCUGUUUAGUCUCAGUUGCAUCAUUAUUCAUAUUGUUCUUAUUCUCUUUGGAGCUGCAGUGCAGGAAGCUGUUGAAGAGACGUCGAACUUGGCCAUUUUACUGUCUACAUUGAGCACCCUUCCUUGUCUUUGCCUGCUGGGUGGAAAUGGAGAGGCAUGGAACCGCUUUGUCAUCCAGAGAAGACCCUUUGUUGGCCUUGAAACCUGCGUCCAGUAUGUAGCUUUUUGUAGCCUGGUUGGUGCUUGGAUGGGAGCAUUCACGAUACCACUUGACUGGGACAGAGACUGGCAGGAUUGGCCAAUACCUUGUGCCAUUGGUGCUUUACUGGGCCAUACUAUUGGAUUGUUAGCAGGCUGCCUACAUCUUCUCUCACUCAUGUCCAAACAAAACUUAAAGAGCAAGAACAAAAACUUCUGAGCUUUGAAACCAGGUUCCACUGAGAGUCGUGGCCGAGUGGCCUAGUUCAUCGGACCCAAGCUCUGGUGUUGUCAGCAGAAGAGUGUGAGUUCGAGUUCCG